AUGGCUACAAGUAUGUUUAAGUUAUCCUCCGCGCUAAUAAAUUCAACUAAGAAUUAUCGAUGCGUCGUAGGACUUAUUAACAAAAGUAAUAUCUCCACAACAAAUGUUACGAAGCGGAAAGAACGUGAUACUUUCGGUGAACUCGAUGUACCAGACGACAAGUUGUAUGGUGCACAGACCGUACGGUCUGUUAUGAAUUUCCCCAUCGGAGGCAUUGAAGAGCGGAUGCCGUAUCCAGUUAUCGUUGCUUUUGGUAUUCUGAAGAAGGCGGCUGCUAAAGUCAACAUUGAGUUUGGCUUGGAUAAAAGACUAGCCGAUGCCAUUAUGCAGGCGUGCGAUGACGUCAUCUCCGGUAAGUUGUACCGCGAAGGUCACUUCCCUCUGGUCAUCUGGCAGACUGGUUCCGGUACACAGUCUAACAUGAACACUAAUGAGGUAAUCGCAAACCGAGCGAUCCAAAUCUUGGGAGGUAAGCUCGGCAGCAAAGAUCCCGUACAUCCCAACGAUCACGUGAACAAAUCCCAAAGCUCCAACGACACAUAUCCCACGGCGAUGCACAUCGCCGUAGCUAUGGAACUCCGGGAUAGACUGAUGCCGGGAUUGGUGGCGCUCCGGGAUACGCUGGACAAGAAGUCCAAGGAUUUCGACAAGAUCAUCAAGAUUGGCAGGACCCACCUGAUGGACGCAGUCCCGCUGACCCUGGGCCAGGAGUUCAGCGGGUACGCCGCCCAGCUCACGUACGGCAUCGAGCGCGUGUGCGCCACGCUGCCGCGCCUGCACUACCUGGCGCUGGGCGGCACGGCCGUCGGCACAGGCCUCAACACGCGCAAGGGUUUCGCUGAGAAAUGUGCCAAGGAGAUUGGUGCUCUCACCGGUAUACCGUUCGAGACCGCGCCAAACAAGUUCGAGGCGCUCGCGUGUCACGACGCCAUGGUAGAAGUUUCUGGGGCUCUGAACACCAUCGCUGUGUCUCUGAUGAAAAUCGCUAAUGAUAUCAGGUUACUGGCGUCAGGACCGCGAUGUGGUUUGGCUGAAUUGUUGCUGCCGGAGAAUGAACCUGGGUCCUCCAUCAUGCCUGGCAAAGUGAACCCAACACAGUGCGAGGCACUCACUAUGAUAGCGGCUCAGGUGCUGGGCAACCACGUGGCGUGCUCCAUCGGGGGUAGCAACGGACACUUCGAGCUGAACGUGUUCAAACCCAUGAUCGUGGCCAACGUUCUCAGGUCCAUACGGCUUAUUGGUGACGGGUGCCAAGCUUUCAACAAGAACUGUGCGGUUGGCAUCCAGGCCAACACCAACCAGAUCAACAAGAUAAUGCGAGAGUCCCUCAUGCUGGUCACCGCCCUCAAUCCCCAUAUUGGAUACGAUAAGGCCGCCCAAAUAGCCAAAACAGCCCACAAAGAAGGAGGUACUCUCAAGGACACAGCUAUCAAACUAGGCAUCCUCACAGCGGAGCAGUUCGACCAGUGGGUCAAACCUGAAGAAAUGCUCGGACCUAAG